AUGGCAGGGGCUGUAGCAACUGCAGCAUCGGCGUUGCAACGGCAACAGCAGCAGCGGCGGCGGCAGCAGCAGCAGCAGCAGGAGCAGGGUAGCGGUGGCGGUGUUGGGGGGCCUUGGCUUUGUGUAUCACUGACAACCGGUGUAUCAUUUGUUUUUGUUUGCGUGGCAUGUGAAACCAUGCGAGUGGCUGCCUGCCUCAGCGACAACUUUCUGCUUUCUCUUUCCUCUCUCCCCGAGACACAGAGACAAUUCAUCAUUGCCAUCUCCACUUGCAAAGAUGAGGACCUUCUGGGCCACCUCAGGCCCUUCAAGGGUUGGAUGUGGGAGCGGCAAGGGGACGUCUCUGCCUGGGCUCCGGCCCUAAAUCGCUUCGAUGAUUUGCUCAAUGCCUACGCUUUUUUGUACGCCUCUGUGGAGGUGGUGACGGCGCUGCUGCAAUCAUUUUGUCUGCCGAUCGUAUGCGGAGCCAUUCAGCUUCUGGCUGUCUGCUACGGCUUCAUCAGACGCAACCGCAGAAGUACUUUGCCGAAGGACUGCCCUGACUUUAGCAGUCGGCUGUCUCUCUUUUGCUUCAGACCAGUGGCGUAUGAUGCCUUUGUGCUGCAGCAGCAGCCGCAGCUGGUCGCAGCCAGAGCAGCAAGACACUCUCCUUCUCCCCCUCCCCGCAGCACCAACAGCAGCAGAAGCAGCAGCGGCAGCAGCAGCGGCAGCAGCAGCAGCAGCAGCAGCAGCAGAGUAGAUGGGGGAAGCGGAGUUGGUGACAGCUCAGGCAUGGUCGUUGAAGGCACUGCAGAUGCAGCAGCAGCAACAGCAGCAGCAGCACCUGCAGCAGCAGCAGCAACAGGAGGGAGAAGCAAAACAACAGCAAACCGGCUCGACCUCCUCUCGUUUUGUCUGGCUGACGAACUACCAGAAGACAUCGAUGGCUUCUUUGAGUUGCAGUGGAAUGCUGCUGCUGAAGCUGCAGCAGAUAGCAGCAGCAGCAGCGGCGGCGGCGGCGACGCUAUGAUGGUAGACAACGCAGGAGUAGGCGCCUGCAGCAGUAGGGGACAGCAGCAGCAGCAGCAGCAGCAGCCGCAUGCAGUGAGAACUCUAAGGCUGUACUGCUCCGAAUUGCUGCUGCCCGGGUAUUCUCGCCGCACAGUUACGCAUCCUGAUGGUAGCGCCUCUUCCUGCUGCAGCAGCACUGCUGCUGCACCUUCGCGCUGCAGCAGCAGCAGCAGCACGGCAGCCGACUGCUGCAGCAGCUCCAGCAGGGACUGCACGGCGUGUGCGGCGCUUGAGGCUCAUUGCAAAGCCAUCAUUCGCAAAUACAAUAUACCCCCGCAACACCAUCCGGCUGUGCGGCACCGGAUGCGUUUGCUGCACGGACUGCGGUGUCCUGCAUACCGAGGGGGUUUGGUUGAUGUUUACUUGUGCUCGUUGUCUUGCUUUAUGAUUGUUUCUCCUACUCAGUUUGCUCAGAUGCUGCAGCAGCAGCCGCUGCUGCUGCCGGAGUUUGCUGCGCUGCUGCGCCACGGGGAGCGCAUCGGCUCCCGCACCUUGCUGCUGGCUGCAGACCUUCUCUCUCUCCUUCUCGAAGACAAGGCGCUGUACAGACAGACAGCAGGGCUAGUUGGCGUGUUUUCUCCUUAUGGGUUAUUUUUGUCUCUGCUGCGGCGGCUGCUGUCUAAUCCUUUUACUGAGCGUCCCUUUCGGGUGUCUCGUAUCCACACAGCAGCAAGUAGGAGCAGCAGCAGCAGCAGCAGCGGCAGCAGUGGAAGCAGCAGCAGCAGCAGCAGCAGCAGCAGCAGCAGCAGUAGCAGUAGUGACAGCAGCAACGGGAGCAGCAGCAGCAAGAGCGGCUGCUGCUGCUGCCAGCAGCAGCAACAGCAGCAGCAGCAGCCUGUGAUAGAGUACGUUGUGGUGGAGGCCCCUGAUGAAGCAGCGCUGCGCUCCUGGGAGCAGCGCGUCGCGCAGAAGGGGGCCCUGCAGCAGCUGGAGAAGGAUUUGAACCGCAUGCAGACCCUCAUGCAUUUGUUAGCAGCAUACUCAGCUAUUGUCGGCACCACACACAGCGUCAUACACGCCUUCGUCCAACCAAGUUUGUUGCGCGCUUUGAUUGGUUUCUUGCGUCACCGCGACCCGCUGCUGGUGCCGGUGCAGAUGAUAGUACUGCGCGCUCUGGAGGCGCAUGUGGAGCAGCAGCACAGCAGCAGCAGCAGCAGCAGCAGCCAGCUGCUGCAGUUCAUUCAGGAGGAGCUUCAGCUUCCAGAGAGACUCCAAGAGCGCAUGCUGUAUGAUGCUGCCUGCAUGCAGCAACGUGUUAAAGACAUGCAACAGUACGAGCGCUGGGUGGGCUGCUGCUGCUGCUGCUGCAGCCGCUGCAGCAACAGGCGCGCCAACGGCAACACCAGCAGCAGCAGCAGCAGCAGUGCUGGCAGCAGCGAGCUCGCCGUAGACGGGGAAAAGAAACCUGGGUCAUCUUCCAACAGCAGCAGCACCUGCGGCUGCAGCUGCAGCAGCAGCAGCAGCAGCAGCAAGAGCUGCUGCUGCUCGGGUUGCUGCGCACCCAACUCUGGCAUUGAUUGGACCGAGCGUUGGGUGUACCCAGCAAAUGGAAGCGAUGAUGAGAGGCUGUUGUACUGGCUGAAGGCCUGCGAAGUGGAGACAAGACGCUGCGUCUUAAAGACAGCAACAAAGCAGUUUUAUUUCUUAGCAGCAAACCACAAGGCACACCCCCCUUUCUUGCAAGAUAUGCUGUCUCCAAGGGCUCCGCUUGCUGUCCUUUGUGCAGAUAUCAUUGGGAACCCUGAACACUUUGGAGUCGGCUGCGUUGCGUCUUUCUUGUCGGUUAUUACGGAUGCUGUCUCUGAUGCUCCCCGACAUGCAGCAGCACUUGUGCAGCUGCCUGUUGUUGCUUUGCUGCUGAGCAGCGUGCAUGCGUCUUACCUGCGGCUCUGUCUGCAGCAGCACCAGCAGCAGCAGCAGCAGAAGCGCCAGCAGCAGCAGCAAGAUGGGGAAGAGCAGCAGAGCAACAGCCCCUACCGCUACUUGCACCAGCAGCCGCUGCAGCUGCUGGGGCAGCAGCAGCAGCAGCUGCAGCAGCAGCAGCAGCAGGACAUGGGGUUGCUGCUGCGGAGGCAACAGCUGGCGCAGCAGUGUGUGCUGCUGCAUGAGGGGUGCCUGAAUGCUUUAGGGGGUUUUAUUACCUCUCUGGCUUCUCACACCUCUGGGCUGAAGGCUCUUCGUCAAGAUAAAGUAAACGAAAUGGUGGAAGAAGAGCUGCAAAAACUGCAGCCGCAGCAGCAGCAACGGCAGCAGCAGCAGCAGCAACAGGGGGAGGCAGGCGCGGCGGCGGAGGACGCGCAAACAGGACAGUCGGAGCAGCAGCAGCAGCAGGAACCACAGCAGAGACCUGCUGCAGCAACAAACGAUGCUGCUGCCAGAGAUGUAGCGGAAGAUGCAGCAGAAUCAGCUACAGGCGCUGCAGCAGGUGAAGCAACAGGUGCAGCAGCAGCAGCAGCAAACGCAGCAGCCACUAGUGCUGAAGAGUCGAGCGGGUCUGCAGAACCGGCAGCAGCGGGAGCAGCACAGAGCGCUGCAGCAGCAGCAGCAACAGGUCAAGACGAUGCGGGUGCUGUACAAGCAGAGAAGGACACUUUGCUGCUGCUGCGGCGGCACCUGCAGCUGCAGCAGGAGGAUUUGUUAUCAUUUCAAGGGGCGCUGCAGCAGCAGCAAUCUGCUGCUCGUGUCUCUCCCUGGGCUGCCUGCUCUCUACUUGUGCAUGCUGCUGCGUCUGCUGACGUAGUGCUGCUAGAUCGAUUCGGGGAAGCUGCUGCAGGGCUAGGUACUGCAUUGGAUGAGGUCUUAGGGGCAAUAGCAAAUGCUUCCGGUGCAACUGCGGAGUCUGUUGGGGGUUCAGAGGCCCGCGAUGUCUUAGUGCUGCAGACGCUGCUGCUGCUGCAGCAACUCAUCGUAGGAGCAAAGAGACUGCCUCCGUGGAAGCCUGUCUCUCCUGCUCUUGCUGCAGCAGAGACAAGACAGAAAGCGCAGCAGAGACCCAUGGAUGUUUCAGACCUACAGCUUCGGGGUUCAUCUUCCGAGUGGCUGUUAGAUAGACUUGCAAACGCUGCACGAUUUUUAUCUGCUGUCUUGGCGUCUACGGAGACUCAGCGAUGUUUUGUUUCUCGGGGGGGUAUAAUGCUGCUGCUGCAGCUAAGUGAUAGCAGCUGUCUUCCCCCUGGGUUGCUGCAGCUCUUCCCGCAGCAUCCGCUGGUGCAUCUGCUGCGGCAUGCAGCCCCCUAUGACUCUGCGCUGCAGCAACAAGCGGUGCAGCAGCUGCUCCUAGACAGGGCCUUGUGCGCUCUGCAGCGGCUGCUUGCCUUGAAGCAGCGCUGGAGCAAGAAGGGUUUCUGGCCCUGCAGCAAACAGCAGCAGCAGCAACAGCAGCAGCAGCAGCAGCAGGUGCUCCUGCUGCCGGAGCCUUUAAGGGUAGUGCCGCAGAAAGAAAGGAAAGAGCUUAUCUUCGCGCUGCAUGGCUGCUGCAACUCUUUGAGUUUGCUGCUGCCGCUGCACCGCGAGCUCUGUCAGGCAUACGGAACAACCCCUACGAGGACUGCAGCCUUUGCGCAGCAGCAGCAGCUGCAGCAGCUGCUGCUGUUGCACCUCAGCCACCUGCUGCUGCUGUUGCAGCCACUCUUCGCUUGGCUGCUGCAGCUGCUUUAUGCAUGCGCUUCCCCUGCAGAUGGGGAGAGCCCCUCUCUCCUUAACUUGAAGCACAACAGCCACGAACACCCUUCUGUUAGGGCGAGCAGGCUGCUGCAUGAGCAGCAGCAGCAGCAGCAGCAGCAGCAGCAGGCCAAGGGACCCGCAGCAGCACCACCCGACCAACCCCUCUCCAACAACGACAUGCUCUGGAGCUCACUCGGAGAAUUUGCAUACUCCUCGCCUCCUCCCCUUCCAGCAGGCUGCAGCAGCAGCAGCGACAGCAGCAGCAGCAGCAUCAGCAGCACCAGUGGCAACAGCAGUGCUGCGGUUGCCAUGAGCAGCAGCAGCAGCAGCGACAGCAGCAGCAGUGACAGCAACAGCAGCAGCAGCAGCAGCAGCAGCAACGGCGCGGAGAGGUCGUGGUGCAGCGGCUCUGAAUUCGUGUCUGAGGAAGCAGCAGACAGCCCAGUUGUGCUGCAGGAGUUGCUUCGUGCCGCUUGCCUCACAUGCAGGAACUUCCUCUGCAUGGUGAGCCGCCAGAUCAACGGUGGGGGACUGCGUGUGGGGCGGAAGUCUCCGCCUCAGCAGCAAAUUGCUUCGGCUCAUCUCUUCCUUGUAGCAGAGACAGCGCGGGGUUUGUUGGAUUCCAUUCCUGCAGUGCCUUUGCCUGUGCCGCCGCUGCUGCACGCCUUACCCUCUGCUGCUUCUGCUGCAGCAGCAGCAGCAGGCAACAGCAGCAGCAAGGUGCAGUACGUGCUGCCGGAGGCGGCUGCUGCCGCAGCAGAUUCUGCUCGUGCAGCUGCAGCAGCAGCAGCAGCACCAACCUCCACUGCAGCUGCUUCCAGCAGCACGGCCGAGAUGGACGUAGACGCCAGCAGCAGCAGCAGCAACAGCAGCAGCAGCAGCAGCAGGUUCAGCAUUAGGGGGCUUUCAAUGGCGCAGUCUCUGUCUUAUUUGUCAGACGUCUGCGAUGUUCUGUACAAACUGCACGUAGACGAAAAAAACCGCGGAGUCCUCAUGACGCUCAGCUUCGAUUUAUUCCAAAAGGUGGGCGGCUUCUCGGCUUUGAUGAGGGCCUUCCACUACAGCGCUGCCUGCAACGUGGCUGUGUGCGCGUUGCUGGCUACUCGAGUCUGUUCCUGCUGCAACCCCGUAUCCCUGCAGCAGCAGCAGCAGCAGCAGCAGCAGGAUCAGCAGCAGCAGCAGCAGCAGAAGGGGGGGGCUGGUAUGUUCGACGCGGUGAAGCCAUGCGUCCACUUGAGUAUUCGGCAAAUGCUGCCGCUGUCUUUGUUUGCUGCAAUAACCCCAAGUGACCAGCAGCAGGAGCAGCAGGAGCAGCAGCAGCAGCAGGAGCAGCGGGAGGCUGAGGCUCGCCGUGAAGCAUUUGUUGAGUGGGUGGAAGCAGCAGCAGCAGAAAUUGCUGCUGCUUGCCCCUCAGUGGCGCAGCUAAUAUACUUCCGCAAUACUGCAGCAAGACAGCUUCAAGGAUAUGGUGGUGCUACUGCUGGUGGGGGUGAUGCUGAUGCUGCUGCUGCUGCGGGGGAUGCUGAUGCCGCUAUUUCUUGUCUUGCUGCUGCUGGUGCUGCAAAUUCUGGUGCUGCUGUUGCUGCUGCUUCUGCCGAUUCUCCUGCUACUCCUCCAUCUUAUGCUGCUGCUGCAGCGCCGGUGGUUAUUCGCUGGUACUACCCUCGGCCCUCAUACUUCGAGCCGAUGGAAGACGAUGCCGCGCAGUCUGCUACAUCUGCAGCAGGAGGAGCAGCAGGAGGAGCAGCAGCAGCAGCACCUAGUGCCGGAAGCACUCCGGCUCUCGUUGACAUCGACAUGGAGAGCAGCAGUAGCAGCAGCAGCAGCAGCAGCAGCAGCAGCAAGCUGAUGACUUACUCUGCUUCUCUCGAAUCGUUAAGUAUGGCCUACUCCGAUUUGCACGAAUUAUGUUGGGCCGACGGCGGGCAGCUGUCUGCUGCUUGGAGUUCUUCUGCAGCAGCAGCGCUAGAGUCUGAGGAGCAGCAGCAGAAGCAGCAGCGGCUGCAGGAGUUGCUGCUGCAGAUCAUCGUACACCCUGAUAUUGCAUGCAUUGAUGUAGCAGGUAUGCUCCGUACUGCAGGCUGCGAAGCAGCAGCGCAUGCAUACGUCUGGUGGGGCUUUGCUGCUGGGUGUGGAGCCCCCCUUAGCGAGCGGGAGGCGCAGCAGCACUUCCCUCCUCAUAAGCAUUCUGCUGCUGCUGCUGCAGCGGCUUCUGAGCUGCCGAACAACCCAUGCAGCAGCCUCUCCGAUGCAGCAACAGCAGCAGCAGCAACGCAAGAACCUGCUGCUGCUGCUGCUGCUCUCGCACGCUCCAGUGGCGCAAGCCACCGAGCGAGCAACGCAGCAGCCUCAGCUAAGCGGAGAGGCAGCAGCCGCAGGGGACAGCAGCAGCAGCAGGUGCAGCGGCAGCAGCAGCAUCACCACGGGGCAGCUGCUGCAGCAGAAGAGCCAGAGCUCGACAGCACUGAGGUGUCUACCCAGCUGCAGGUGCUUAUUGCUUCAACUCUGCAGCGGACCAUCCUCUUCUUCCCCCGCAUCUUCUUCCACCUUCUGGACACUCAGACACCGCAGCGUCGGCAGCAGCUGCGCGGCGUGUAUGCGGAGACAGGCGAUGGUUUGGUGCAGCAGCAGCAGCGCGCGGUGGUCUCUGGUGGGGGUUCGGUUGCGGCAGCAGCGGCUGCUGCAGCUGCGGCUGCAGCGGCUGCGAUCCAGCAGCAGCAGCAGCAGCAGCUUCUGCUGCUGCAGCAGCAGGUUGAGCAGCUUGUUGAGAUGGGCUUCAACAGAGACGACGCCCAGAGAGCAGUUCAGGCAUCAGGCGGCAGAGGUGUAGAAGCAGCAAUGGAUUAUCUGUUGGAGAUGCAGCGGCAGCCGCAGCAGCAGCAGCAACAGCAACAGCAGCAGCAGGAAAGCAGCAACGCAGGCAGCAGCAACGACGCCACAGCACCCGAUCCGCAGGAAGCAGCUGCCUCUGCACCUGCUUCUGCGUCGCAGGACGCGAGUGCAGCUGCAGCCCCAGACAGCAGCAGCAGCAACAACAAUGGUAGCACAAGCAGCAGCGGCAGUAGCAACAGCAGCAGCGGCAGCGCGAGUGCAGAGGAAGACUCAGCGGCUGCUGCUGCGGGCGGAGCAGCAACACCGCCAGCAGCACAGUCGCCUUCCCCAGCAGCAUCCGAGGCGGCAGCAGCAGGAGCAGCAGGAGCAGCAGGAAGCUCUCCAUUGGAUGCUGCAGCAGCAAUCUUGCAGGAGGGGCUCAGGUGUUCCGGCUCGCGACCUCUAUCAUCGGGGGCAGUACGUACUGCUCUCUCUUCUGCUGCUGCUGCAGCAGCAGAGCUGCCGCUGUCUCCUCCCUCGCUGCUGCUCGCAGGAGACGGCGAAGUUCGCUGGACAUGCGCGCUGCUGCGGGAGCAGCUGCAGCAAGCAGCACUGUGGGGUCCCCCCCCUCAGUCUUUGCUGCACUCGCUGCAGCGCGUUGCAACCAGCAACAACCCGCGCAUGGCAAGACGCAUGCAGAGCGACAACUCCAGCAGCAGCAGCAGCAACAGCAGCAGCAGCAGCAACACAGGCGAAACACCAGCAGCACUAGGAGGAGCGCUUGGUGCUGCAGCUGGGCAGGAAAGCAACCAGGACGUAUGGGCGGACCCGCCUCAGCAGCGGCAGGGACAGCAACAGCAGCAGCAGCAGCAGCAGCAGGAGGCGGAGCAGCAGCCCCACUCUGGGUCCACGCCGGCGCGGGAGCCAACUGAGCUGGAGCUGCUGCUGCGCUCUGUAGACGAGGAGAUGGUGCAGCAGCAGCAGCAGCAGCAGGUGAAGCUGCCGCCGGUGUGUAACGGGCGGCCGAACGAGGAGCAAGACCAGCAGCAGGAGCAGCAGGAGCAGGAGCAGCAGCAGCAGCAGCAGCAGCAGCGGGUGCUGCACGGGCACUUCAGCGACGCCUUCGCCCUCGCCCUGGGGGCCCUGCUGCGCCGUCGGCUGCUGGGAGACUUAAUAUCUACUGCAUGCGCUUCUCCUUUGGGUGUCCCUGGCUUAUGUGAAGUCUUCUUGAAGCUUGUCUGCUCCUCCUGCGACCUCAGACCGCAGCCGCAGCAGCUGCAGCAGCAGCAGCAGCAGCAGCAGCAGAAGGAGCAGCAGAAGGAGCAGCAGAAGCAGCAGCAGGGGAGGAAAAGCACUGCAGCAGCAGCAAGAGAUGGAGAUGCGGCAGCAACGGCAGAGGAGCUGCAGCCGAUGCGUGUUGAAGGGGAAGAAUCUGCAGCAGCAGCAGCAGCUGCUGCUGCUGCGUUGCAGCAGCAGCUAUAUCCAUGGGAGCUCCCUGAGAGGAGCAGCAGCAGCAGGGUCUCGCGACAGCUGGGGUGCAUGGAAAGAAAUGCUGCUGCUGCUUGCUAUAUGCUGCUGCGCCGCCUUGUUUGCCUGCGGGGAGCCGCGCAGCACAUCCUAAAGGCUGAGCCAACCUUAAUGGGUGUGCGGGUCCCAGCAGCAGCAGCAGCAGCAGCAGGAGCAGGAGGAGCAGCAGCGGCAGCAGCUCAGCGGAGCGACCUGCAUAGGGCUGUGGGAGUGUAUAUGUGCAUGCGACUGCAGCAGCAGCUUUAUUGCUGCAGCUUCUUCAUGGCGCAUCUGCUGCACCGGAGGUUUUGCUGGAAGGAUAUGCUGCUGCAGUGCGCGGAGGCAGCAGCAGCAGCAUGCGAACCGGGCAGCGCAGCAGCAGCAGCAGCAACAGCAGCAGCAACACACCCCAUCUCCCUCUUCUCUUCUCUCAUAUGCUCCUAUGCCUCAGCAAACGUUCAUUCUGCAGCAGCAGCAGCAGCAGCAAACCAGCCGAUGCUGACGGACUCCAAGGGCUGGUAUCAGUUCCCCGAGAUGCUCGACUGCAGCAGCGAAGCAGCAGCAGCUGCAGCCCCCAAAGCAGCAGCACAAGCAGCAGCAGCAGCAGCAGCAGCAACAAAGGCGUCUGCCUUGCUGCCGUUGCCGGGCUGGUGUCUCCUUAACUAUGCCUCAACGGGCGCUGUAGAGCUGCAGGAGCUGCGUGUUGCUGCUGCAGUACCGAAGUAUGGUUUGCUGCGGCUGGUGGCUGUGGAGGGUGUGGAGGCGCUGCAGCAGCAGCUGCAGCAACAGCAGCAGGGACUCGCAGCAACAACUGCUGCUGUCGUCUUAGAUCGCCCCGCAGGCCUCUCUGCUCCUGCUGCUGCUUACUUAGCUCCGUUUGUCUCUCCUUCGCUUCUUUGUAUAGAGGAGUUGAUGGGUAUGUAUUUGCUGCAAGACACAGCAACACCGGCAGACGCGCAGCAGCAUGAGAACUCCAGCAGCAGCAGCAGCAGCAGCAACAGCAGCAGCAGCAGCAAUGCCGCAGGGGAGACGUUGACGUCUGCCGUCAGCGCCUCUGUUGCAGCACUCAACAGCAGCAGCAACGCCAGCAGCACCAACGACAAUAGUAGCAGCAGCAACAGCAGCAGCAACCCGACGACGCAGCCCCUCGCAAGCACCGAUGGCCAGCGGGAUUCUUCUGAGCCAACCAGCAGCAGCAGCAGCAACGGCAGCAGCAGCAGCAGCAGCAAAGAGGAGCUGGCUGUGUCUGGGGGUGCUGCGGACUUGGGGUAUGAUGAGUUGUUACGUUCAUUUACUGCAGCAGAGCAGCGACAGCUGGUUGCUGCUUGUUUGGAUUUGCUGCUGCUGUUUCCAGCAGCAGAUGGAGAUGCUGUUCUUGCUGCUCUUCAGUUGCUGCGGCGUCUGACUUCAAUCUACAGCAACGCGUUGAUGCUGCUGCUGCACCAGCCCAAAGGCCGCUACAGGGCAGUGCCCACGUCCCCUCAGCAGCAGCAGCAGCAGCACCAGCAGCAGCACCAACACCAGCACCAGCAGCAGCACCAGCAGCAGCCGUUGGGGUGGGGCUUAGGCGUGCUGCUGCGGCUGCCUCGCACCAGCAGCUGCAGCGGCUUGGUAGCUCUCCUAUGCGCAAUUAUAACAAAUGUGCUGGAGGAACCGUCGCUUAUUGCUGCUUGUGUAGAGAGGGGUUUGAGGGUGGCAUUUGCUGCAGGCAGCAGAAUGGCUCUGCAGACGCAUCUCAGGGUGCACGGAAGCCCACCGCCUGGAGAGACGCUCACCCCGUUGCUGCCCGUUGACUCUGUCUUGAAGUCUUUGGGGCCUUUGCUGGCUCGCAACCCCUCGCUGGUGGAGCAGGUGCUGAGUUGCUGCUGCAGCAUUCACAAGCAAGUGCUGCAACAGCCGCAGCAGCAGCAACAGGAGGAGGAGAAGGAGCAGAAGGGGCGGGAUCAGCAGCAGAAAGAGCAGCAAGACGAGCAGAACAGCACCGACAAAGCUGCUCUCGAGCAGACACACGACGCUUCUUCUCCCGCUGCUGCUGCUGCAGCAGCAGCAGCAGAUGAUAGACCUGCAGCAGACAGCCAAGCACCACCAUCAAGCAGCACCAACAACAGCAGCAACGACAACGGCACAAGCACUGCAGCAAUGGCCGAGGACGUGGUCCCCGCAGCAGCAGCAGCAGGCGCUCAAGAUGAUACCAACGGCAGCAGCAACAACGGCAGCAGCAACAGCAGCAGCAGCAGCAGCAACGACACUAGCAGCGUUGUCCCUCGCCAGUUUUACCCCAGCAGCAUCUUCGUGGGCCCUAAGGCCGGCUAUCUGUUUGGAAGGGGCUCAAAGGGAUUGGGCUAUUACUACUGCAGCAGCAGCAACAGCAGCAGCAGCAGCAGCGGACGCACGUGGUGCUGCAGCGACAAAUCCUUCCAGGAGGUUUUGCUGCUUGGAUGGCUAAAUGAAGACAAGCGGCAGCAGCAGCAGCAGCUGCUGCUUCAACAGCAACAGCACUUGCAGCAGCAGCAACAACAGCAGCAUCAGCGGCCGCAACAACAGCAGCCACAGCAACAACAGCAGCGCCAGCCUCAGCCAGCGCAACAACAACAGCAAGAGCAGCAGCUUUCGCAGCAACCCUCUCAGCAACAACAGCAUCCAUCGCAGGCGCAGCAGCAGCCGCAGCAGCAGCAGCAGGCGCAGCCGCAGCAGCAGCUGCAGCGCCGGGUGCGGCGGCUGCUGCAGGCAGCAUCGAAGCCUCCGCUUGUGGGGCCCGUAGUGCUGUCAGUGCUCGUAGACCACUUGGUGUUGCUGCUGAGUGUACACGCAGCUACUCUUCCUGCUCCAGCAAACAAGCUGCCGCAGGCGGAGCUGCUGCAGCAACAGCAGCAGCAGCAGCAGCAGCAGGAGUGGCGGCAGCUGUCGGACGUGGAGCGGGGCUUGCAUGCACAGCAGCAAAAGCCUAUCUUUCCUUUUGUUGUUACUGCAGAGCGGCUGCUGUAUAUCCUUACGCAGCUGAUGUCUCUCUUCCCCCAUAUGCUGCCGCUGCUGCUUAAGCCAAUCACUGUUGGGGCCCCUGGACCGGCAUUGCAUGCGCAGGACAGCAGCAGCAGCGUCAGCAGCAACAGCAGCAGCGGCAGCAACAGCAGCAGCAGCAGCAGUGCAACAGCCGCCACUGCGCAGUCUGCAGGCCGCGGGGCGGGCCGUAUGAAACUCAAGCAGCAGCAGCAGCAGCACCAGCUGCAGCAGCAGCAGCAACAGGCGAAUGGCCCGAAAGCCGAAGGGCAGAAGCACCAGCAGCACUUGCACUUGCAGCAGCUGCAGCAGCAGCAGCACCUGCAUGCAGAGCCUCGGCUGUAUAUGGCUGAGGCCGCCCCGUGGCCUUUCGUCUCCACUUCCCCUGAUUUGCUGCGGUGUACAGGCAGCGACGUCCGCAUGCUGCUGCAGCACGGAGCGAAGGAUCAGCAGCUGCAGCAGCUGCACCAGCAUCAGCACCACCAACAGCACAUGCAGCAACAGCAGCAGCAACAGCAGCAGCAGCAACAGCAGCAGCAGAACUGCGGAGGGCAGCAACGCCUCUCCGUUGUCGAUGUGCUGCUGCAGGAGGUGCUGCCGCGGCUGCUGUCAAUCUCUCUUGCGUGCAGCCCCCAGGUGGUUGGUGCGCAGCAGCAGCAGCAGCAGUGGACGCUGCUGCUGCAGCAGCGCAAGGCUGCAGCAGCAAUGCUGCAGCAGUUUUCAAACUUGCUGGCUACGAUGGGCAGCAGCAACGCGGAGAUUCGGCUGGUGCUGAUCCGUCACGUGGUGGCUUUGCUGCGGGUCGCGCGCGGCCGCACUGCAGCAGCAGCAGAAGAUUACAGCAGCAGCAGCAGCAUCUCUGCAGACGCUCGGGAGGCCCUCAAGGGAGGCGAGCUCUUCGAUACAGGCGUUGUUUGCGUCUUAGUAACGCUGCUGCAGCGGCUGCUGGCAGCAAGCCCCCCCAUGCUGCCGAUGCUGCCUCAGCAGCAGAAUCCCAAGGCAGCAGCAGCAGCAGCAGCAGCACCAACUGAAGAGACACCAGGGUGUACAGACAGCUCGCGCCCCCCGAAUCAUCCCAGGCCAGACGGAGACGGAGGAGAUUGCGGAAGCGCAGAUGUCAACGCCCAGCAGCAGCAACGAAGCAGCAGCAGCAGCAGCAACAACAGCAACAUCCAUAGCAGCAGCAGCAGCAGCAGCGGCAGCAGCAGCAACAGCACCAACAGCAGCGGCAACAAUAACACUAGCAGCGGAGGACGGGCUCGAAGCAGUGGUAAUGCAAGCCACACCAACAGCAACAGCAGCGGCAGCAGCAGCAGCAGCAGCAGCAGCAGCAGCGGGAGCGGUGGUGGGGAUGAAGGCGACGACGGAGACCCUCCUCACAACAGCAAGGGCUCAGGGCGUUGCGCUGAGUAUUCGGAUGCUGCGGAUCAGCAACAGCAGCAGCAGCAGCAGCAGCAGGCGCGGCUGCAGCAGUGUAUGCUACCUAAAGAGCAGCGGCAGCUACGGGAGCUGCUUGCUGGUUUGCUGCUGCAUUUAAACCUACAAGCUGAAGACAGCCAUGCUGUUGCUACAGGCAUCAUUCGGUGUAUGCUGCAGCUUACUUCGCCUCCAAGUGUACAUUUGCUAGGUCUUGAGGGCAAGCAGCAGCAGCAGCAGCAGCAGCAGCAGCAGCAGGGAGGCACCGGGCGGGCGUCUCCGGGUGCAGGCAGCGGCUUCUCAGGAGAGGAAUCUGGGGGCUCUGCAGCAGCAGCAGCAGCAGAAGCAGCAGCAGAUGAGGAGGAAGAAGACAGCGCAGAUGAUGAUGAACUCGAUGGCGAAGAUGAUGAUGAAAUUGAUUUCGAGUUGGUUGUUGAUGGAGACAGCGACAGCAGCAGCAGCAGCAGCAGCAGCAGCCUGGAUGAGGACGAGGAGCAGCAGGAGGGAGACGGCGUUGAUGGGGGCCGUUUCUCUGCUGCUGCAGCAGAAGCAGCAGCAGCAGCAGCAACAGCAGCGCUAGGCCUGGGUUCGGGCGCUUCCGAUGCCGCUGCUGCUGCUGCUGAGCGCGCAGAAGCAGCAGCAGCAGCAGAUGAGGGAUCAUCAGGAGCAGCAGCAGAAGACGAAGGUGGUGAGCACGACCACGAAGGGCCUGACGAAGAUGAAGAUGAAGAUGAUGAAGAUGAAGAUGAAGACGAUGAAGAUGAAGAUGAAGAUGAUGAUGAAGAUGAUGAAGGGUUUGCUGAGCUCUCCGUCUUAGAUGGACUCGGAGACGAAGACGAAGACGACUCCCAGGAAGAUGAAGAAUAUGGAGACAACAGCGAAGAAGAAAGUGAAGGGCCUGGGGGAGCGGGAGGUGUGGGGAGCGGCGGCUUCCUUGGGGAUCGUCUCCCGCACGAGGUGGAAUUCGAUCCCGACUCCCGCGGGGGUAUUGCUUUAGGCAGCGAAGAUGCAGCAGCAGAAGUGCUGCAGCACGAAGAAGAUGAAGAUGAUGAUGAUGAUGAUGAUGAUGACGAUGAUGAUGCUCCUAGAAUUCGGGAACGAGGAGAAAUCGAUUAUAUGGGGGGCCCUGAAGAUGAUGAACUCGAAGCAGCAGAUUUAGAAGAAGUAGCGGGGUCUGCUUUGCUGUCUCACCCCUUCUUACCGGAUGCAGUUGUUGCUGCUGCAGAUGAUCCCGUGCUGCAGCCUCCUGCUGCAGCAGCUACUGCAGCACCAGCAGCACCACCACCAGCAGCACCACCGCAGGUACCCGACACCAACCUUGCUUCCCCUUCUACAAGAACAGCACCAACAACACCAGCAGCAGCAACUGCAGCAAAUGCUGCUGCUCCAUCUGAUGCAGACGGCGCACCCAUGGAAGCGGAUGGGCCGCAAGACGCCACACAGCAGCAGCAGCAGCAGCAGUCUGCAGCAGAUGCUUCUUCUUCUGGGUCAGCGACGACUGCUACGACCUCUGCAACAACAGCAGCGGAAAGCCCUGAGCAGCAGCAACAGCAGCAGCAGCAGCAGCAGCAAGGCGCGACGACCUCUUCUUCAGCGCCUUCCAGUAGCAGCGGCGCCCCUUCUGCAGCAGCAGCAGCAGCUGACGCAGCAACAGCAGCAGCAGAAGCGAGUGGAUCGGGGCCCACUUCGGAAGGCGGAGGUUCUUCAGCAGGCGGUCAGCGGCGGGCCCCACGCAGCGGUGGCACCAGGAGCAGCAGCAGCAGCAGCAGCAGCAGCAGCAGCAGGGCAGCUGGGGAUCGCGGAAGGACCUCUACUUCAGGCUUGCGGGGAAGCAGGGAAGGUCGGUUUGCUUUUGCAGACUUAGGCCCUGAUGGUUUUGUUUUAAAUGAAGAAGACGGAGGGUUAGGGUUAGGGGGUGGCGGGUCUGAAGGUUCUGGUGUGCCUGCAGCAGCAGCAGCAGCAGCAGCAGCAGCAGAGUCCGUCAGCCUCAUCAGCUCGGCGCUGCAGCGGGAACCUCGAAGCUCCUUCCGCCUGCAUAUAGACUUUGCAGGCUUAGGAAGUGCUGAUGAUGCUGCAGCACUCCGUACAGUUAUUCAAGAUGCUGAGGAGAGAGGCAUAACAAUUGCUCCUCUUGCUGCUGGGUAUGCUGGAGGGGGGGUGUCUCGGCGUCUAGGGGCUGCUGCUGCAGCAGCAGGGGCCCCCGCAGCAGCAGCAGCAGGGGCUGCUGCUGCUGCUGGAAGCAGCAGCACCAACGAAGAUCUACUUGCGGCACCUCCACCGUCACCCCCUGAUGCAGAUCUGCUGCCGCCUUCAGAGCAUCCUCUCUUUUUGCUGUGCUCGAGGCCAGCUGCUGCUUCAGUGAUGCAGCUAGGUGGCAGCAGCAGCAGCAGCAGCAGCAGUAGCAGCAGCAACCCAUUCGCUCUCUUCAGCAGCGCUGGUGGAAACGUUGUUGCUGCAACUGGUGCAGCAGCAAACAUCGGAGAGAGGCUUCUAGACUCCUUGUUUGAAGACCUUGCAGGAGGCAUCUUUAGGCCUGCUGCAGCAGCAGCAGCACGAAGACAAGGGCAGCAACCGCGGCUGCUGCAGCAGCAGCUGCAGCAGAUUCGGCAAAACAGAGAGCAGGAAGCUGCAGCAGCUGCUGCAGUUGCAGCUGCUGCCGCCACGGGAAGGCAGCAGCAGCCACCCAUUGGCGAUCUCGGCUCUGCUGUCUCGGUGGCAGCAGCAGCAGCAGCAACAGCAGCAGCAGCAGCAACUGCAGCGCAACACAUGCUCUCAGCCUUUGUUACCGAUCGUCUCUCUACCCGUACUAUCAAUCAAAUAGAUGUCGAACCGGCGCCGCUUCAAGCCUGUCCAUCGCCCCAUGCAACAGCUGCUGCAGACACUGCUGUUGCUACUGCAGCAGCAGCAGAGGGAGGUGCAGCAACUGAAGCUGCAGCAGACGAGGCUGCAGGCACUGACGCUGCAGCUGACGCUGCAGCAGCUGCAGCAGCAUCGCAACCUUCAGCUCCUGAGGCGAUUGUGGAGGACCGCCCCACAGAUCAAGCAGCAGCAGCAGAAACAGAAGCAGCAGCAACAGCAGCAGCAGCACCUUCAGAAGGAAGUCAUGGUACUCAGCAGCAGCAACAGCAGCAGCAGCAGCAAAAUACCGUCGACUCGUCGUCCGCAACGAAUGGGGCUGCAGCCUCUCCUGAACCUCCAGCAGAAGCAGCAGCAGCUCCAGCAGCAGCAGCGCCAGCAGCAACAGCAGAUGAUGAAAGUUCAGCAGCAUCUGCAGCAGCAACAGAGGGAGGUGCAGCAUCAGCAGCGCCUGAAGGAGGUGCAGCAACAGCAGAAGCAGAAGCAUCAGCGGACGGAGAGUCUAUGGAUAUAGACACAGGCGAAGCGCCUCGUGGGGAGACCAGCAGCAGCAGCAGCAGCGGCGACAGCAGCAGCACAAGUAGCAGCAGCAGCAGUGACAGCAGCAGCAGCAGCAGCAGCAGCAGCAGCGAUCCAGCGCUUGCGUCGCUUGCAUGCGCUUUAGGAUUGACUGAAGCAUCUCUGUUAGAAGCAGCAGGGGUUGACCCUUCAUUCCUUGAAGCCCUACCCCCAGAUCUGCGGCAAGAGAUACUGCAGCAGCAGCUGCGGCUACUGACGAUUGAAGCUGUUGAGAUGCGCAGGGCAGCAGCAGCAAGGCCUGCUGCUGCUGCUGCUCCUGCUGCAGCUCCAGCAGAAACGGCAGCACAGGCAGAAAAUGCAGCAGCAGCGCCUCAAGAGACCGACGCAGCAGCAGGAACUGCUACUGCCUCGGACGCUCCACAGCAGGCUGCUGCUGCUGCUCAGGGGGCAGCAGCAGCAGCAGAUACUUCUGCUGCGGCAGAGACUGCGGGUGCUGAAGAGCAGCAGCAGAGGAGCUCUAGCAGCGGAGAGGGAGAAGAAGCAGCAGGAUCAGCAGCAGCAGCCCCAGCAGCAGCAGCAGGAGACUCUGGGGGACCGGAAGCUGCAGCGGACUCCGCAGCAGCAGCCGACUCUGCAGCAGCAGCAACAACAACAGCAGCAGCAGCAACAGAGGAGCAGCAGCGGCCUCGGCUGCGAGACCUGCCGCUAGAUUUAUUGAAUGUGCUUCCUGCUGCAGUUCGCCAGGCAGCAGUUGCAGGCUGCCGAGACCGCGACAGCGAAGAAGGUGCUGCAGCAGCAGCAGCAGCAGCAGGACCUGCAGCAGAAUUCGAUAAUGCUACUUUCUUAGCAACCCUCGAACCUGCAUUGAGGCAAGAAGUGCUGCUAACAGCAGAUGCUGCUGUUCUUGAAGCACUGCCACGGGAGCUGCGCGUAGAAGCAGCGCUGCUGCGGGAGCGAGCGGUGCAGCGGCAGCAGCAGCGGCAGCAGCAGCAGCAGCAGCAGCAACGCGCCGCAGCAGCUGCUGCUGCAGCAGCAGCAGCAAACCUGGGCUCCGGUGUGGGGCCGGGCGUAGUUGCGUCUUCUGUAGGGGAACGCCCUAGCAGAAGCAGCCGCGCUGCGGCAGCAGCAGCAGCAGCAGCAGCAGCAGGUUCAUCCCUGCCUGCUGCCUUCGUUGAUGCUUCGCUCGCUCUCUUCGGCGGCUUAGACAACCGCUGGGGGGCCCUGGGGCCCCAGGCAGCAGCAGCAGCAGCAGCAGCAGCUGGCAGCAGAUUGCUGGGAGUGCAGACCUCCGCUUUGCUUCCGCGCAGCAUCAGGCUGGGGUUAAGGGAGGCUCUUAUGGAUGACUUUGCAUUAAGAGAAGGAGAGGGGGGCCGAGCUGCUGCUGCUGCAGCAGCAGCAGCAGCUGCUGCUGCUGCAGCAGGAGAUGCAGCGGCCUCCCUGGUCGCUGCGCGCGGUAUGUUGCAGAACUCAACAGCAGCAAGAAACGCAGCAGCAGCAGGCGCGGCCUCUGGAGCAGCAGGUGGUGCUGGUGCUAGAGGCCCCUCUGUCUUCGCAGGUGCAGCAGAGGAGUUGCUGCUGCUGCCGAGUGAACGGCUGCUGCGGGCCCCAGCCUCUCUAUCAGGUCUCUCUGGGGCCCCUUCUUUUUCUACGCUUCCGAGUAUUGUUUCCUUAAUAAGCAGGGGAGGCAGCAGCAGCAGCAGCAGCAGGAUGAGGGGCCCCCAGGGCCCCUCCGCGUACACCGCAGCCCUUGCAGCAGCAGCAGAAGGUUCCCCAGACUUCCUCACGUUGCUGCUUCGAGAGGGUCCCCCAGUUGCUGCUGCUGCAGGCCACGGUGCAGCAGCAGCAGCAGCAGGAGGCCCCGCGUUGUCAGACGAUCUCUGGGUAGGAAUUCUUUCAGCAGCAGGUGGAGGCCCUGGGGGCCCCCACGGGUCUUCGUGGGGCCCCCCUGGUGGAGGUGGGGGCCCCGGGGGGCCCCCAGGAGGCGGGGGGGCCCCAGGGGGGGGCCCUGGGGGCCCCCACCGGGGGCCCCUACGAGGGUGUGGGGCCCCCUAUGGAGGUGCAGCAGCAGCAGCAGCAGCACUUGAAGGACCUCCUCUAAGUAUAACAGGCCUGAUGGUUGAGGGUGCUUCCUCCCCCCAGCAGCAGCAGCAGCAGCAGCAGGGACAGCAGCAGCAAGGGGGAGCAGGGGGGUUCCUUUAUGAACGCUUCGCUCUAGGAAGUGCAGCAGCAGAACGGGUGCUCGAGCAGCUUCGAAGCCUCCUCACGGUGCUGCCGCAUGCUGCUGCAGCAUUUUGUAGGCCGAUGCCCCACCCUCGCUCUGUCUGCUUCCAGGACCUCCUCAGGCUGCAGCAGUGCAGCAGACACUCCAGCAGCAGCAGCAGCAGCAGCAGCGGUCAACACCAGCAGCAGGCGCAGCAGCAGCAGCAGCAGCAGGGAGAUGUUAAAAGUGAGGCGCCACAACCGGCGGGGGUGACGCGACAGCAGGACCAGCAGCAGCAGCAGCAGCAGCAGCAGCAGCAGCAGCAGCAACACCAGCAAGAAGGUGCAACAGAAUGGGGAGAGGACCUGGCUCACGAACUGCGCCGCAAAAAGAAACGCAGGGAACCUACCAGCAGCAGCAGCAGCAGCAGCAGCAACAGCAGCAGCAGCAGCACCAGCAGCAGCAACAGCAGCAGCAGCAGCAGCAGCAGCAACGCCACAGCCACCACCACGAAGGAUGAAGCUGCAACCGAUGCGGUGCAGCAGCAGCCAAAGGGGCCCCCAGAAGAACCAGAAGACACAGAAUACCUUAUCAAUGUUCUGAUGCUUCUUUUUUAUCUAUUGAGAAAUGAGCAACAGCUAGAGCUGCAGCAAAAGCAACAGCAGCAGGAAGACCAGAAGCAGCAGUUUGCAGCAGCCGUUGCUGCGUGUUUGAGUGAUGUGUGUUUGCUGCUGCAGCAACUAACAGCUACUUCUCUAUUUCAAACUUCGCCUCGGCAUAUGGCGCAUCUUCUUGCUGCAAUACAUUUGCUGGUCAGCGGCUCUAGCAGCAGCAGCAGCAGCAGCAGCGGCAGCAGCAGCAGCAGCAGCAGCAGAUCGCAGAGCAGAUCCUCUGCACCGGCCGCAAGCAGCAGGCUGCAGCUGGGGGAGAUGGAAGUUCAGCCCAGCAGCAGCAGCAGCAGCGCAGCAGCCCCCAACCACAGCAGCAGCAACAACAGCAGCAGCAACAGCAACAGCAGCAGCAGCAGCAGCAGCGACGUUGGAGCAGGUUCGUCGGAGCCCCCUGUGGAGGAGCUCGUCUUAGACGGCCGUUCCAGCAGCAGCAGCAGCAGCAGCGGCAGCAGCGGGGGCAGCAUGCAAGAGCGGAUGCUCCGUGUAGUUACAGAGGAAUCUGUUGAGUGUAUGUGCGGUUUAUUGUGCUGUCCUGAUGCUGCUGCUGCUGCUGGUGCAUAUAUGCACGGUGCUUCAGCGCAGCAGCGGGAGACGCAGCUGCAGCAGCUAGCUGUUGCUGCUAAGAUUGUAGGCUGCCUGUACACCUCACCGCAGCACCGCAAAUGGGUUGAUGAAGCUUUAAAAAGAAAUUGCAAUUUGCUCAGUGAUUUCCUAUCAGAAGAAUUGGCUGCUCUUGCUGCUACUCUAAGAGAGGCAGCGCAGCAGCAGCAGCUGCUGCGCGUGCAUGCAGACGUCUGGGGCAGAAGAGAAGCUCUUGAACCGCACUUUGCUGCGUUCUAUAGACUCUGCGGCACCCUCAACGAUGUUUAUACUCACCAGCAGCAGCAGCAGCAGCAACAACAGCAGCAGCAACAGCAACAACAGGCUGCGCAGCCGGAGGCUGCAGCAGAGAAUGCUCAGGCAGCAGCAGCGAGCUCAGGACCGGGUCUACAAGAAGCAGCAGCAGCAGGAACACCAGCAGAAGCAACAGCAGCAGCCAAUUCAUCUGCUGGAGGUGCUGCUGCAUCUUCACCAUCAGCAACAGCAGCAGCAGCAGCAGACCCCGCAGCACCAGCAUCAACAGGAUCAUCAGGAUCAGGAGGAGCUCCCGCAGCAUCAACAGCAGCAGGAUCAUCAUCAUCAUCAUCAUCAUCAGCAGCAGCAGCAGCAGCAGGGGAGGGUAGCAGCAGCAGUGCUGCUGCUGGAUCUGCUUUAGUUCAUUUCCGGGACUUCUUUGAUAAUUCAAAUGCUCAUAAAAUUUGGAGGUCUCUUGAUGAUGUUCUAACAGCUGUAGGUGAGGCGUACCCAGCACUCAGUGCAGAGACAGCAGCAAUGCAAAACAGACAGAAGACGCAGCAAGCAGCAGCAGCAGCAGCUGCUGCUGCUGCUGCAGGAGUAGGAGGAGAGCCGUUAGGACCGGACACAGCAGCAGCAGCAGCAACAGCAGCAGCAGCAACAGAAGAGGAAGAAGGAACAACAACAUCAGGAGCAACAAGAGGAGCAGCAGCAGCAGCAGCAGCAGCAGCAGCAGCAGGAGAAGAGGGAGAAGGAGGGGUGGUGAUGGAGGAAAGAGAAGCAGCAGCAGCAGAGUCAAACGAGCUUGCUGCUCCUCUAGUAGUAACGCAGCUGCUGCCGCUGCUUGAAGCUUUCUUCCAGGUGCAGCAGGUAUCUAUAGCAGCAGAUCUAGGGCUUGAAGGUGUGUCGUUGCUGCAAGAUAUGGAUUUGUUUGCUGCUGCAGCAGAGCGGGAGCGCAGCAUAGCAGAUCGUGCUGCUGCUGCUGUUGCUGCUGCAGUGGAUCCUGCAACGGGGGUUCCAGCAGCAGCAGCAGCAGAAGCAGCAUGCAGCGCAGCCAGUGAAGAGCUGCAGCAGCUGCUGCUUGAAGGAGGAGACAGCUUAGGCUACGCGAGAGAAAUGUUUAAUCCUAAUUAUGCACUAUUUACAAGAGAAGGAGCAAAGAGCGAGUUCAAUCAGCCUAAUCCUUUAUCUGCUAUCAAUCCGGAGCAUCUUCAUUACUUCAAGUUCAUUGGGAGGGUUAUAGGUAUGUUGUAUUAUCUUUAA